AUGGAUUAUUUUUAUAAUAUAAUUCAAAUUAACAACAGUUUAUUUCGCGUUAAUCUAUAUAACGAAGAUGAUAUUUUCAACUACAUACAAUUAUAUUCGCGACAAACUGAAACAAGUUGGCGUGUUUUGAAAUCGUGUAAAUCCGAAAAUUAUGACAUUUGGAAAAUAUUUGGAUGUCUUCACAAUAGUUUGCACAAACUUUUAAAAAACACAGAUAAGAAAAAUAAUUUAAACACAAGUGAGUGUCCAUCAAUUAUUGACAUUAGAAUUAAAUGCUUAAGCUCAAGAGAAAAAGACUACGAUCCCCAUUUAAAAAAUGGGUUACCAGCAAUUGUGAAACUUAAAAACCACCAUAACCAUUUAGUUCGUAAAGUCAAAGAUUUCCCCUUAUUAAAUUCUACAACAGACAGUAAUGUAAACAAACCAUUUGAUAAUGGUAUCGAGCCAGCAAAUAUAGUUCAAGCUUACAACAAUGAAAUUCACCCAAAUUUAAGUCAGCCGAUUAUCAUCACUACAAAUUCGUUAGAUACGGUCGUAGACAUUUCUGAAACCAACAAUAUUAAUACAAGUACUCAAAGCACUGAACAUAUUUCAUUUAGCAAGUGGGAGGAUAUAAAAAUACAAUGCGAUAUCGUAAAGUCAAAAUACGGCGUACGUCUCAAACCAGGACAACUGAUCAUCAACAAUGGUAAGCCGGUUGGCGGUACGCCAUAUCACUUUGUGGAUACUAGUUAUAGAAAAGAAUAUUUCCGGACGCUAAAAAGCAUGCUGUCAAAUGACGAACAGUCUAAGUGGCUUUGGAACAAAAUGACAACCGUCGGCAAUCAAGUGAGCCUUUACAAAUGCUCAGGUACAAACUGCAAAAAGGUGUUCAGCAAUCGGUUAUUAUUUCGGUCCCACUUAAACAACCACUAUGAUAAAUCAAAUAACUCGGAUAAUGCUUAUCAGUUUAUGCAAUGCAUGUAUUGCUUCAAGCAGUUCGAUACGGAAAGCAUAAAUGUAUUAGCCAACCACAUCACCGAUAAAUAUACUUUUUGUAAAUACUUCUGUCGGUAUUGCUUGUACCGCGCAUAUACAGCUUCACACGUUUUAAUCCACGAGUAUGUAUUUCAUAAAGAUCAAAAGCCUUCAAUAUUAAAACUCAAGAACCUCCGAGGCGAACGGAAAGAAAUAGUAAAGGCGAUUGACUUUAAAAAAUUUGUGUUGCCUUAUGUUUGCAAUAUUGAAUGCUGUACUUUCUCUUCUUAUAUCAAUAGUGAUUUCUUGUCUCAUUUGAGACUGGAGCAUGUACAUAGUGACCAAUUAUCUUGUGAUCUUUGUGCUAAAAACAAUGACGAUGGAUUUAUUUCGUUCAAUCCGAAAUUAUUUGUUAAACAUUUUAAUUUGCAUUGUAUUAACACAUAUCAAUGUAUUUUCUGCUUGUUUGGUGCUGAAUGUAUGAAUACCAUGAUAAUUCACUUAGCAAUGGAGCAUUUUGAAUAUGAACCUUUAUGCUUGGAACGUUGUCCGAAAAAUGAUUUUUGCGACGGCAACACAAUUAAAAAUCUUAAAAUUUUAAAUAUUAAGAAAUAUGUAAGCGAUGAGAUAAUAGAAAUAGUGAGUACGACUUCAUUAAAAAAUGUUGAUGGUAUAAAAGAAUGUCCAACUAAAGAGAUGAAUGAAUUAUGUCCAAUGGAUCCCGUUGACAUAUGUACAAAUACUAAGCCAGAUGACAUCGACAAUACUCCUCAGCUCUUAAGUAAAAUUUUUAAAAAAAUUGCACAAUCAACAAGAAACACAUCAACUCCAGCUAUUAAUAAUAACAAAAAUAACAUAAUUAUAUUAUCUGAUGAAGAUAAACGAACCGUUCCAGGGGAUGCAGAACAAAUUCAAAAUGUCAAGGCUUUAAUCGUAAAUGACAAAAAAAAUCCACCACAACUGUCAAAUUAUGAACUCAUAAAAGAUUUUAAAUUAGAAAAAGAUACUGAAAUACAAAUCAAUGGAAACUGUUUAGAACACCUUUCUAAUAAAACUGUUGAUGAAGUCUUCCUAGAUGGACUUUCAUAUGAAGAUCACUUAAAUAACUGCCCAGUAGAAGGUCCUAAAGAGUGUACUUUCUGUUUGGCACAGUCGAAGUCGACAUUUGAGGUUGUCGAAUUUCCAAAACUCCUUAGACCGAAUCGUUUCACGUGCACUUUUUGUAACUUGGAAUUUCCGUCUAGUGACAUUGUCAAGAACCACGUAAAAAAAGAACAUCACAUUUCUAACCUCGAGUUCGUGCCUGUAGAUGUUAAUGCGACGGAUAUUGAGAAAGACAAAUUUCUUGUAUGCCAGGAUAAAUCUUCUAGAACGAAAAAACGAUCUAAUGAUUGUAUCGUUUUAACAAAUAGUCCUGAGAGUACUAUCGUUCUUCAAAAGAAACGUUCUAAAGUUGUUAACAAGCAAGAUGAUUCUCAAUUAACUAUAUUUCCGGAUACUUUGCAACAAAAGUUUACUAGACCUAGUAGGGUUGAAUCAAAGCAACAACACAAAAUCCUAAAAAGAAAACAUUCCACCGAGAGCUGCGAAGACGACAACAGAAAAAUACCUAGCCAAUAUAAGUCAAACGAUCUGGGUGUUAGAAUAGCAAUGUAUUUUUCUCCUGACAAUAUUGAUAACAUUCCACGAACAGAAUAUUUCUUGCAACCGAUGGGAUGUUUACUUUGCGAGUAUGAAACUAAGGUGCGAUCAAAACUAGUCUCACACAUCAAGAAACAUAGAGUAAAGCCAGACGAAUCGACUAAGAAAAUUUCUAAAUCUAUUCCAUGUAAUUCCAAGUCUAUAUUUACGUCCAUGAAUAUGACCAAUUCAUCCACCAGUUCAUUUACAGCUCAAGAAAAUGAAAAGAUGAAAUCAACUGAAAAAAAUAAAGAUUUUCUAAUAGAAACAUCAACUAUUACAUUACCUUCGAUGUUCAGAGAACGAUUUUACGAUUAUCCUCAAUGUCCACAUUGUAAACCAAUACCGACUAGGGUCGUCGGUAUACGUGAAAUGAGGUUGCAUUUAAAUUAUCACGGUGAAGACUUAUACAUUUGUCAAUAUUGCAGUUACUUUCAUUAUAAAAGUGAAAAAAUAGAAGCACACCAGAAAAGAAAACAUCCGUCACAAAUGAAUGGCAAAAAAAAAUUAAAUGUCAUCGCGAUCAGAAGACAAACUCCUAUUAAAAAACCCAUACCUCCAGCUGAAUGGAUAUGUAAAUUAUGUACCUUGGGUGUCAAGUAUACUAUAACUGAGAUUGCUAAACACUUGUUAACGGUCCAUAAAAUAUCAAACAUGUUUAAAUGCUCAAUAUGUUUAUAUAAUCAUAGUGAUUAUGAAGUGUUUAAAAAACAUUUCAAGUUGAAUCAUCCAUCUUUGCCAGUAAAGUACUUGAAUGUACAUUUUGAUAAAGUUAGUCCAGAUGUAAAACCGCAACCACCUAAUAAGCAAACACAUUUUGAUGAACACGCGGUCAAGGGGGGCCAAGGGGUGGCCAAGACAAAUUUAGAGGGGGCCGUGGCCCCUGGCACCGCCACUGUUUCUACCAGGUCAUCGUCGCUGUCGUUUGGUUCAAUAAAAUCUAAAGAUUUGGACAGUUUAAGUUUAAUUGCAAUAAGCACUGAUUUUAAAGAACUUCUCGCUAAAGCACAUCAAGCCCAUCAAGUGCUUAUUGCAAUUAAACCUAGACUGUCCAAAUCUUUAGAUUUUAUUGAACCAAACGACGGCGACGACGACCUACAUAGCAUAGAUAUGAGGAAAAAUUUAAAUUUCAGAAAUGUACCAUUACAAAUAGCCCGGCAGAUACUAUGUUUAAAAAACAGCAUACAAAUGGACCCUAAUUGCAAGAUAUUUUACAUCAAAUUUUAA